AAACGUGAUGCUGAUGCUACAGUUACAGACACUGCCCCUGCUGGCGCAGCCUCUCUGAUUUUCUCUCUCUCUCCCCGCGUCCAGCGCUGGGCUUUUUCAGACAAGUGCAUCUCCUAACCAGGUCACAUUUCAGCCGCGACCCACUAUCCGUCUGUCACCGGAGUCAGACCGCAGGAGGAGGGCGGAGGAAGACGCCGGCGUUCGCUUCGCCGACCGCGGGGUGGAAGGAAGGACAUUAAAAUACUGCAGAAGUCAAGACCCCCCGAGGUCGGACCCUGACCACCAUGCGCGCCCAGGGCUGCGGGCGGCUGGUGCUGCCGCUGCUGCUCCUCGCCGCGGCCGCCCUGGCCGAAGGCGACGCCAAAGGGCUCAAGGAGGGCGAGACCCCCGGCAAUUUCAUGGAGGACGAGCAAUGGCUGUCGUCCAUCUCGCAGUACAGCGGCAAGAUCAAGCACUGGAACCGCUUCCGAGACGAGGUAGAGGAUGACUACAUCAAGAGCUGGGAGGACAAUCAGCAAGGAGAUGAAGCCCUAGAUACCACCAAGGACCCCUGCCAGAAGGUCAAGUGCAGCCGUCACAAGGUGUGCAUCGCCCAGGGCUACCAGCGGGCCAUGUGCAUCAGCCGCAAGAAGCUGGAGCACAGGAUCAAGCAGCCUGCCCUGAAACUCACUGGAAACAAAGACACCAUCUGCAAGCCCUGUCACAUGGCCCCGCUCGCCUCCGUCUGCGGCUCUGAUGGCCACACUUACAGCUCAGUGUGUAAGCUGGAGCAGCAGGCCUGCCUGAGCAGCAAGCAGCUGACCGUGAGAUGCGAGGGCCCCUGCCCCUGCCCCACAGAGCAGACGUCCCCGUCCACCACCGAUGGCAAGCCAGAGACCUGCACAGGUCAAGACCUGGCUGACCUGGGGGACCGGCUGCGGGACUGGUUCCAGCUCCUUCACGAGAACGCCAAGCAAAACGGCUCGGCCGGCAGCGGGGCCAGCCUGGCCGGGCUGGACAAGAGCCUGGGGGCCAGCUGCAAGGAUUCCAUUGGCUGGAUGUUCUCCAAGCUGGACACCAGUGCAGACCUCUUCCUGGACCAGACGGAGCUGGCCGCCAUCAACCUGGACAAGUACGAGGUCUGCAUUCGCCCCUUCUUCAAUUCCUGUGACACCUACAAGGACGGCCGUGUCUCCACCGCUGAGUGGUGCUUCUGCUUCUGGAGGGAGAAGCCUCCCUGCCUGGAGGAGCUUGAGCGCAUCCAGAUCCGGGAAGCGUCCAGGAAGAAACCAGGGAUCUUCAUCCCGAGCUGUGACGAGGACGGCUACUACGAGAAGAUGCAGUGUGACCAGAGCAGCGGUGAAUGCUGGUGCACCGACCAGCUGGGCCAGGAGCUGCCGGGCACGCGCAGCCACGGCAGCCCCGCCUGCGACGAGAUCCUGAGCUUUUCGGGGGACUUUGGGAGUGGCGUAGGCUGGGAGGAUGAAGAGGAGAAGGAGACCGAGGAGGCCGGCGAGGAGGCUGAGGAGGAGGAGGGCGAGGCGGGCGAGGCUGACGACGGCGGCUACAUCUGGUAGAUGGCCCUCGGGGAGCCGCGGCGGGCCAGGCGCCGACGGCCGGGGCAGACGGGCCGCGCAGACCUGGACAGAAGCAGGCAGCUGACGGAUGGAUCCGGAAAAUACAGUUGGAAGGACCCUGGCUCCAGCAGGGAGGACUGGGUGUGUGAGUGUGCAUGGCACGCGUGUGGCACAUAUGGCCAGGGCGUGUGAAUACAUGUGUGUGUGUGCGUGUGGCAUGCGCUGACAAACGUGUCCUUGGUCCACACUGCUCCAAAGACCUCCUCGUGGUUGUUUUCUUUCCAUUUAUUGGUGGUUUUAAAAUACACACAUUCACACACAUAUACCACAAGGUCAAAACUGAUGAAAUAAGAUGCUCCCUGCCACGUGCCAAGCCCCAUUCGGGCCUGUCCUGACGCCCUUGGGUUGCCCUGCGUGGGGUUCCUUGUUCGGAUGGCUAAUCUUGGGUCAGCCAGCCUGCCUUCUCCUGCCCUUGCCUGCCCUCUCCCUCCCUGCUUUUUGGGUGUCCUCUUCACAGAGGGGAGGGAGGGCAGGGAGCUAUCUGUUGUCUGAAGUACUCCUGAAGCUGGGCGGGUUUGAUGUGACACCCUCACCACCCUCAGAUGACUGGGCGGGGACACCUACUACGGUGAGCCCUUUCUCUUCCCAGCACUGGGGAAACUCUCCUCUCCUAACCCAAGCUAGAGUGGCCGAGGGUGGCCAAGGCGGAGAGGCAGGGGAGGGGAAGGCCUUGGCAAGCUGCUGGGGGGGUGGGGAGCGGAGUGAGGAGGAAGGAGAAGGGGCCCAUGAGCACCUGCCUUUGCAGAUCUGGCAGGAGCUCUUAGAGGUGGAGGCAGGGUAGCCCUGAGAGCAAACCCCGGAACAGCCGGGCCCCUUCCUGUGGGCCUCAGGUCGGGGCCUGGUCUGGGCUGUGCCCCCGGAGGCCGCAGCAGUGGUUAUGCAGGUGGGCUCUGCCUGGCCUGGUGGGGGUGCCGCCCUGCCCUUGUGCCCCUGGUCUGCUCCGGGAGGAUCAGGCAGCGGGUAAAGAGGCUGGGUCUCGGUGGUGGUGUGUGUGUGUGGGUAUGUGUGUGUACCCAUCUCCUCUCUGGCCCCUUAAUGAGUGCUCUUCUCCCCUCCAGGCCAAUGGCCCUGAGACCUGGGGAAGGAGAAGCAGGGAAAAGCUCCACUUGCCAUGACCUUUCUCCAUCUCUCCUUAAGACAGAGGCACCAUGCCCAUUUCCACCCCCUCUCCUCCCAGCACCAGAGGUUACCCUCUGACCCCUCAGAGGAUCCCCUGAGGCUGCUCUAGCAGAGGCGCUUCUCCAAGCUCUGAAUUGUUCAGAGGUUGUGAAGUCAGAGGGGAGAGGACUGGGGUAACUGGAAUCCGAAGCCAUGCCCCCGCCCCGCCCCCCCUUCCCCCACAUCCCCUUGUCAGGUGGGAGCCAGGAUGGACGAAACCAUGCCCGAAACCAUGCCGGUGCCUGGCGUGGCAAAACCAUCUUUAGUUUUGUUUCGUUUUCCUAAUCUGUCCCGUUCUCCCUGUCGAAGCAAAUACCUUAACACCUUUGUUGGAGAAUUUCCAACCUGGACCCGGGCCUCUCCUGCCCUUCUGUGCACGGUGAGCACAGUGUGUGUGUGUGUGUGUGUGUGUGUGUGUGUGUGUGUGUGUGUGUGAAGAAUGCGUUCAAGAGUCUAGGAGCUGUCCCUGGGGGUCUAGGGGGUGAGGAGAGGCCUGUGUGCUGGGCCGGCAGCUGGGGUGGCCUCCCUCAGGCACGGCUCCUGUCAUUCUGCAGCAUGCACCGUGUCUGUUGGACUUUACGGAAGCGCCUCGCCCAGUCUGCCCCUCUUCCUGCACCCCGGGAUCCCCAUCUUCCAAGUUUUCUCUCGGGGAGAAUAGUGAAACUGCAGUUAGCCCCAUGAACCGCUUCUCAUUCCGCAUCCCAGCAGCACGAUUCUGGUCGUGAAGGUGUCGCGCUGUUCCAGACCUGCCCCCCUGCCCCGCCCCGCGGCCGGUCUCCCCAGCCCCCUCCCUCUCCACCCACCUCCUCCCUCCGGGCUCAGCUCAGUUCAGGGAACCGCCCUCGGCUCUUGAAGCUGCCACCUCUGUCUCAGUGGAAGCUACCAGAAGCUUCUGGGAGCUCUCGCUAGGUAUGGAGUCUGUCUGUCUCUUCCCUCUGCCCCAGCUGAGGCUUCCAGAACUGUCGCUGGGAGCCAGCGGCUGUUGAGGAGGCUGGGACGUUCCGGGGUGGGGAGGGGCAGAGAGGAAGGGGCACCCUUCUCUCUUGCCUUGCCCUCCCCUCCUGGGAGCACAUGCUCUCUCUGUGUCACUGGAUCUUCUGGUCAGAGAGGAAGGGGCACCCUUCUCUCUUGCCUUGCCCUCCCCUCCUGGGAGCACGUGCUCUCUCUGUGUCACUGGGUCUUCUGGUCGUGCACGUUUCUUAUGACCUUGUAAAUAUGUUGUAGAAAGAAAGCAAAAGGCGCUGAACUAGACCCUGGUGGGACUCAGGGGUUCAGCCUUGCCCUGUCUCUGAAACCCCCACACUGCUUGUCACCCCGCUCUCUGAGACUGAGGCCCGCCCAGAGCUAAACAAAGCAGCUCGUUCCCAGUGGGUCGACAGCCUCCAAGGGACUCUUAUCACACAAGCUGCAGGCCUUCUCGUGAGCAAGGUUGCAGGUGGCCCUGCCUUGGCCCUUGACCAAGCUACCUGCCACCAGCCCCUCCCAUGUCCUCUACCUGAAUAGCUUCUCUCUCCCCUGGGUUAGGUGGGCAGUGGCAUUAGGGCUCUGUUGAAAAGAGCUCAACCAAAAUUUAAGAACAGUUUCUUGCCUGGCCCUGGAGCUGCCCUCGGCCACCUCAGGCUGCCUCACCUGUGGGUGCUGGGAGAUAGGAAUGCCUAAGAUGGGGUGGUCGGAGGGGAAGAGAACAAAUGUGCCUUGAGAGGGUUCAGGGCGAUGGGGAAGGAGGCAUGGCGUUCGAGCUCAGGAAGGAGGAAGAGGAAAGCGAAGUGGAUGAGGGCACCAUGGGGCAUCAUGUCUGCCCCCUACUGUCCUGCUGGUGCUGUGACCAACACAUGGUCAGUGGUCACACCUCCUUCCCCAUGCUGUCCCCCUGGUGUUGGUGGCCACCCCCUCGCCUUUCAUGAGCUCUCUCUGCUUCCAGCUUCACCUCUGAGUGGGUGGAGUCAUUGGGACCCAUGAGGGACCCUCCAUUUCACCAAAGCCUCACCUCAGCCCUUGGGGAAGAUGAAUGGCUAAUGUACUAGCACCCAGCACCAUUGUGAGGCUGUGGGCUGGCGGGGGUCACGGGGAAGAGACACUGGGGGCACAGAAGGAGACUCGAGACAUCCCGAGGAAGUCCCAAGCAGAGCAAACUGCUUUAUAGCCUGAAGCCUACUUAAAUUGUGUUAUGUGCAAUAACUGAGCUUAGAGUUAAGAAUUGUGUUCAAGUGCUUGGAUUUCCGUCUGUAUAUUUAAGUGCUGAGAUCGUAUCUUUCAGUAAUUUUAGAUGUCUUAAAAACUCGAAAAACCAAGUGUUAGACCGUGUAUGUGCAUUGAUGGGCACUCAAGCGUCCCGUGAGUCACCCCACCCUCUCCCUUUCCCCUGUGUCCCCAGCCCCUCACUCCCAGCACCCCCUCCACUUGGGGUCGCUGCCUCGUGUUGUCUCUAUCUGCCUAUUACUCAGCCUAAGGAAACAAGUACACUCCACACAUGCAUAAAGGAAAUCAAAUGUUAUUUUUAAGAAAACAGAAAAUAAAAACUUUAUAAACACCA